GAAGAGCCAGACCUUGGGGUGGGCGGAGCCGUCGCCACACACCCCCGGUCUAUGGGGAAGAUGUUGUCAUUGACGGCUUCUGGCUUCCUGAGUGGGUUGCGAGAAGGAAACUGCACACCAGGUGGUGUGCAGAACCGGAGGGUCAUAACGGUACAUCUCCCCACACAUCCUGGGAUUGGCUCGGUGGGCAGCUGGAGAGCUUGGGUCACCCCAAGCUCCCACUUCUUUCUUUUAACUGCAAAACUGAAGCCGGGACCCUGGUCUGGGCGGAAGGGACAGUAUGAUCACAGGAUUCCUGUCCCUGCUUUGCCUCGGGCUCUGUCUGGGCUAUGAUGAUGAGCACAAGAAUGACACCCUCCCCAGACCCUCGCUCCAUGCCUUGCCGGGAUCAGUGGUCAGACGCGGCGGUAACGUGACCCUGAAGUGUCAGGGUCCCUUGCAGAACGUGAAGUUCAUGCUGGGGAAGUGGCAGGCCCCGGGGUACAGGCGGGAGUGGAGCUCAGCGGGACACGAUGCCGGAUUCCUCCUCACGCACCUGGGGCCCGAGCACGCCGGGAGGUACUUCUGUGCCUACAAGACCGCGGGCUCCCACGUGUGGUCAGAGCAGAGCGAGCACCUGCGCCUGGAGGUCACAGAUAACCACGACAGACCUGGAGCUCCCUCAGCAAAAAUAGACAGCAGGGUCAUCUUCGUCACCGCCUUCAGCUGCCUCGCCAUCUUCCUCCUCUUCCCCACGGUCUUCCUCAUCUACCGGCGCAGUCAGAGUGGCUCAUCCCAUGGGGAAUCCACCAAGAGUCAUCCGGAGCAAGAGGACUCAGAUCUGUCCCAGCAGGAAAGCUCGUCGCUCUCGACGGAAGACCCCCAGGAGGGGUCGGGUGCUGAUGGAAAACGGAAGACACCGUCUGAGGCAGCGGCGGCAGCUUCUGUCCCGGCCGAGGAGCCCCCAGGAGCCUGUGACUGAGCCUCGGUGAACGUGUAGGAGGCCGGCCGGCCAGAGCCUGGAGGAGGACUGUUCCCUGGGGGAGGAGGGGCUGGGGGUCAGGCGGCUGAGACGACUGGACAUACAGAAACCCUCGUCAUUCUGUAUCCUCGGCCAUAAUCUAUAGUAAUAAAAUUAAGUUUUUGGUUUGUUGUUUUU